AUGGAGAUGAAGAAGGAUGGAGAGACACAAACCACUGACGGGUUCUUUUUUCUCUGUGCGCAGAUCUACCUCAGGGUUUCCUGGCCUGACAGCGCAGUCCCUCCACCCCCAGGGCCCCGCCCUGCCGCCAAGUGCUCCAGCUCUCUCCCCCAGGAGCUCUCGGACUUGACCCACCUUCUGCGCUGGCCUCUGACCCCAGGAGAUGGGGGAGACCUUUCGGCCUCCACCAGCCCCCAGACUUCUACCUACCACCUGAGGCAUCCUGCCCAGACCAGCUACCCCCUGGGAGGCUACCUAGAGGCCGUCCUUAUUGCCAGAGACCACCAGGGCAGAUGCAAGAGCCACGGAGGGGAUCUGUUUCGGGCCCAGCUGCUGGGUCCUGACUUGAAGGCAGGGGUCCCUGGAGACGUCAAGGACCUGGAGAACGGCACCUACCUGCUGACCUUUCCACUGCUCUGGGCAGGGCAGGCCCAGGUGCAGGUGCGGCUGAUCCAUUCCAGCGAGGCAGUUGGGGUUCUCCGGGGGAUCUGGAGAGACCAAUGGGCCACCAUUGAUUUCACGGGCUAUUUCCGGGGACCCACAGGACAUGAGGAAACUGUGACUUGCAAUGUUAACCCCCUGUUGAUUGGGAAGGAGGAGUCCACCUGUCACUACAGGGAUGAAGAUUCGGGGGAGCUCUGGUUCUGCGCUCAACCCCCCACCCUGCCCUGUGACUCACUGGUAGGACAUUCAAGUGGACGCUACUGGAACGUGACCACACCACACGAGGAGGCCCUGCUGGCACGGAAUGUGACAGACAAGGCCCUCCACCAGGGUAUUUCUCCAAUCUGGGUGGCCGAGGAGAGCAACCGGAGUCUGGUUCUGUCCCCUCGACAACCAUGCCGCCCUGGGAUCCCAGGCCCAAAGCCCUCUGGAUUCUUCCACCAAAACACGUGGCACUCCCUGUCCUGCUCCAGCCGCUCCUUCUCCACUGCUGACAGCAUCUUGGGCUGCCUGGCUGGCCGCAUCAUCCACAUGAUGGGGGACUCCACGCUCCGGCAGUGGUGGGAGUAUCUGUGUGACAUCGUGCCCUCCCUGACGCCGGUGGAUCUACACACCACGCAUCAGACGGGGCCCCUGCUGGCCGUGGACGCCUCGCGGGGCAUCGUGCUGCAGUGGCGCGCACACCGCUGGCCGCUGCGCUCCCUCCGCACACCGGUGGCCUCCCUGCACUCUGUGGUCCGGGAACUGGGGGGCCUGGCUGGGGGCCCCCAUACCGUGGUGGUGCUGAGCCUGGGCGCUCACUUCACCACCUUCCCUCCGACCAUCUUUGUGCAGCGACUGGCGGGGAUCCGGGCAGCCGUGGCUUCGCUGCUGACCCGGGAGCCCCGCACUCUUGUGGUCAUCAAACUGGCCAACACCGGCUACAAGUCCGUCUACGGCAGCGACUGGUUCACCCUCCAGGUGAACCGGCUCCUCCAAGCCGCCUUUGCAGACCUCCGCGUGGCCUUUGUGGAUGCCUGGGAAAUGACCUCCAGCCUGGCGCUGCCUGACAGCAUCCACCCAGGGAAGCACAUUGUCCGAAGCGAGGUGGAUUUCCUGCUCUCCUAUGUCUGCCCCACCUGAGGGUCCUGCCCAUCCUGGGGCUCUGGAUGGAGAAGCAGGUGUGAUGGUCAAGCCUAGGAGCCCUGCCCCUCAGCUGUGUGCAGCCUUCUCUUACCUCCUUCUAAUGCACAGGUCCUCAUGUCCACAAGUAAGAACUAGAACAUGAGUGGUGGCGGGACAGGGAAGCCCGGCGGUCGGCCAGUUCAUCUUAAGAGCUUUCGUCCCCACCUAGAAAAGUUGGCUGAACUGAUGAAUCAUUGGGACAGAGCCAGCAACACCUACUCCAUCCAUGCAUGUGAGUGAGGAUUGUGCUCUUGGGUGCUGGGCUCUCUGUUUAGAGUGUCAAGGAGCCCUGCAAAGAUUUAAGCGAUGAAUCCAUUUCAGUUCAUCAGAGCCACCCAAGUGGAAAGCCUGACUCUCUGUAUGGACUGAUUUGUAAAAUAAAAAUGUCUUCUAAUUUUAAAAAGCAAAACAUGCUCUUUGUAGAAAGUUGGAAAAAGUACCCCCAAAUGAACAAAGAAGUCUUUGUCAUCCAGAGAAUGAACUGAUAUGCUUCACUGGGGUGAAUGAAGAGCCGGAACACAGACUUGCUUUUUGGUGUGAGGAUGUUAGAGCUAAUAAAAAGAUUGGUUAUUUUCCUUACAGGGAAUCCACAGAUGAUGUUUUGAUAACCCUUGUCUCACCAGUGAACCAUACAGCCCCUAUUUACAAAUAGAUAUGGCUGAAAUAUUGGAGAAAUCAUGUUACAGAGACAUCUCUAUGGUGUACUGACUCCUGUUGCUUGCCUAAGCAUUAAAGCAUAGGUGUUUUAUAACACUGGAGAAAGAA